AUGCCCAAGCCAUUCCCUGUCCAAGCCGUGUUUAGGGAACACCGACCCGUGAUGUACAUCAGAAUAGCGGUGCUCGGAGGAUUCGACAAUGGAAACCACUUCUCCCUAUUCCUCGUGCACGCCGGCAACGAAACCUCAACCCGAUGCACCGUGAGAGCCGAUCGAGAUACUGAAACCUCAACUGUCGAAUGGUCUAACCAUAACUAUACCUUGUCUCACUCAGCGAUCGUCUGGUGGGAUAUUCCGGUGCAGCGCGCAUGCACGGUCAGCGAUAUCGGGCACAUGGUCUACGACAACGGCCGCUUCCAGUAUGAGAUGCCUGGCGGGAGGGGGCGUAGGUGGUGGACUUACACCAUCCUGCAAGACAUGGUUGAAUGUGGGUUCAUUGGACGGUAUGAAGUGAAAAGUCUGUACAUGAACUUUGGCUAUUUUUAUAAUCAGAAUGGCCAGCGUGAUCGUGAGAUGCCGAUGGUUGAGGGCACAUUCUAUUGA